UCUUCUCCAGCCUCGCGCAGAUGGCCGAAGUGUCCAAACCGGUUGGUGAGUCUGCUCUAACAGCCGGAGGAUGACAAGAUGAGGAGAUAUUAGACAUUUAACUUCAAACCGUCUUUCUAUCUAAUUGAUUAUCAAGUGAAAACCAAACGCAGCCAAACAUCCUGAGGCCAGUGAGCACUUGGCUACAUGUGAAUGUCUGCCGGUCUCCCGGCGCGCUGCGCUGGUGAUGCCAUGCCGCGAAGUCACACCGAGGAGAGCGGCGGCACCGGACUCUGGCUGAAGACUUCAACGGGACGCCGGGUGCAGGACUACGCGCUGAAAGAUGUGGAGUCUGGGCAGAAGACGAUGAACAACGCUGUGCGAGUUGGAGACGGACUCCUGUCUCCCGCCUCGGCAGGUGCGGCGGGAACGGAGAGGAAGCAGGGCGCCCGGCUCAGCCUGCUGGGGAAGCCGCUGACAUAUAGCGCGCAAAGCGGCCGCAGGAACGCGCGAUACCGGCGGCUCCAGAAUUACCUCUACAACGUGCUGGAGAGACCGAGGGAGUGGGCUUUCAUCUAUCACGCCUUUGUGUUCAUUCUGGUGUUCGGAUGUCUGGUUCUUUCCGUAUUUUCUACCAUCCCUGCUCACCAGGAGUUCUCCUCACACUGCCUGCUCAUCCUGGAGUUUGUGAUGAUUGUAGUGUUUGGUCUGGAGUACAUCAUCAGGAUAUGGAGCGCCGGCUGCUGCUGCCGCUAUCGAGGCUGGCAAGGGCGCCUCCGCUUCGCCAGGAAGCCGUUCUGUGUCAUAGACAUCAUUGUACUCAUCGCCUCGGUUGCUGUGGUUUCAGCCGGUAGUCAGGGUAACAUCUUCGCCACGUCUGCGCUGCGUAGCCUUCGUUUCCUUCAGAUCUUACGCAUGGUGCGCAUGGACCGUAGGGGAGGGACCUGGAAGCUGCUGGGAUCUGUAGUUUAUGCACACAGUAAGGAGUUGGUGACUGCCUGGUACAUUGGGUUCCUGGUUCUUAUCUUCUCCUCUUUUCUGGUCUAUCUGGUGGAGAAAGAGUUCAACAAGGAUUUCGCCACAUAUGCUGAUGCUCUGUGGUGGGGCACGAUAACCCUCACCACCAUUGGCUAUGGUGAUAAAACCCCACAGACCUGGACCGGAAGGUUACUAUCAGCUGGUUUUGCUCUGCUGGGGAUCUCCUUCUUCGCCCUUCCAGCUGGCAUCCUUGGGUCAGGUUUUGCCCUGAAGGUGCAGGAGCAGCAUCGACAAAAGCACUUUGAAAAGAGGAGGAAUCCAGCUGCCAGCCUCAUCCAGUGUGUCUGGCGUAGUUAUACUGCUGAUGAAAACUCGGUUUCCAUUGCAACCUGGAAGCCUCAUUUGAAGGCGUUACAUACCUGCAGCCCUGCCAAGAAAGAGCAGGGAGAGGCUACUUACAGUCAAAAGUUAAGUUUUAAGGAGCGGGUCCGGAUGGCGAGCCCCCGUGGUCAGAGCAUGAAGAGCAGACAGACGUCCAUUAAUGACCGCCAACGAUGUUCCCCCGGCAACGAGGUAGGAGGCGGUGCUGAGCUGACUGGUGGCAGCCCGGCCAAGGUGCAGAAGAGCUGGAGCUUUAACGAUCGGACCCGGUUUAGGCCGUCGCUAAGGCUGAAGAGCCAGACUCGUAAUGUUGUCCCAGAUGUGGAUGCAGGCAUGUCCACAGAAGAUUCCUUUGAUGAGAGAGGCUGCCAUUGUGACGUUACAGUGGAGGAUCUGUCUUCAACGCUCAAGACCGUCAUCAGGGCCGUCAGGAUCAUGAAGUUCCAUGUGGCCAAAAAGAAGUUUAAGGAGACACUGCGUCCGUAUGAUGUGAAGGAUGUCAUAGAGCAGUACUCUGCAGGACAUCUGGACAUGCUCUGUCGCAUCAAGAGCCUUCAGACCAGACUAGACACAGUAGUGGGUCCCCCUCCAAGACCUUUCAGCAGCCGCAACAAGACCUUUUCCUCUCCUUCCCUGCAUUUAUAUUACAGCCAGGCCAGGAGGAAACAGUCUUCACCGGGACUGGCCAGUGCAGCGAGCUCUGGUCCCAGCCUGAGUAGCCGAUCCCGGAACAUGUCCUCUCCUGCUCUGCACUAUUAUUACACCAACAACAAGAAGAAGCCUCCUGGCUCAGGGGUGGAUCAAAUUCUGGGAAAAGGCCAGAUUCCUGUGGAUAAAAAAUUGAGGGACAAACUGCAUCCAGAUGGAGAUUCCCUGGAGGGGAUGAGCAUGUUGGGACGUGUGUGUAAAGUGGAGAGACAGGUUACCUCCAUUGAAUCAAAGCUGGACUCUUUGCUGGAUGUUUACCGCCAAGUCCUUCAGAAAGGCCCGUCAGCGCUGACCCUCUCAUCCCUGCCCCUGUUUGAGCUGGACAACCAUCAGCGUCACAUCUCAGACUACCACACCUCCAUCACAGGCAGGGAUCUCCCCUCUUCACAGGAAGGAGAUCCGGUCAGAGGGGUAGGGGAAAAUGAUGGGGGAAUACGUCGUUCUCUUUGCGCCAACCCAAGAGGCCUACGGUUAAUCCUGGCGCCCGCUGAUGAUGAUGGUCCCCCAGACUCAGCACCUCCAUCCUAUCCCCCGUCCACAGCCUCGCUCUCCCCAUCACCCCUUCUGCCUCCUGAUAGCCCCUACCCAACUUUAGUCACCCCUAAUGGGACCUCCAAGAGAGCACACUUUCCUGACCUGCCCCCUCCUCCCUCAACAGGGGGUUUCACCCUCCGUUUGCCCCCCAUGGUGCACCCCUCUCACCUUGGAUGUCCUGCUGACCCCGUCCCAGAUGAAAGGAAGGAUGAGGUAGUGGUGGAUGAGGGAAGUCUGGGCCCUUCUCUUGUUGUGGAAUCGAGUGUGGAUGCUGACCAGGAAGGGGACUGUAAAGCAGGCUCGGUGAAGCUGCGGGAGAAGUCGGGCUUGAAACCCGAGGGGGUCUGGAGGAGGCAUAUGAGCCUGGAGGUUAACCCCCUGCUGCUGUUCUCAUCCAGCCCAGAUGGGACAGCUUCAGACUGGGGGAACACUCUCGGGAAGUCCCUCUCUGUGCACAAUCUCAGCCAGCCUUUGACCAACCGUGCCACUGCUCUGUCCUCAGAGCUCAACAAUAGCAGCAGCAGCAACGGUAGUGAACGUGGCGAUACCCACAGGGACCUUGGCAACUGGGAUGGAGCAGAACUCUUCAUCAGUGAAUGCAAAAUGGAGCCAGAAGAAGAACAUUUCAACUUCCUGUCCCAGGGGCCCAGCAGUGGCCCCUCAGACUUUUUACAGACUGCAGAGGAGGUGGCAUCUCACCCCAAAGAAAACACAGAUUUUCUCAGUCAGUCACACAUACAGCUGGCAUAACCACACACAGACACACACUUAUCAACUUUUUUUAUACUGAAACAAACCAGGAUUAUAAUACCAUUACUUUAUUGAUGUCUUAUUUAAAGACAUGUGAUUUUUUCACAUUUUUUCUAGCAUGAUUAUAUCCGCUUGUUUUUUUUAAACUGUUUUCUUCUUUCUAUGGGAUACUAGAAUCAUCAUUAAGGGAUUUAAAGAAAAUUAGGUAUAAAAAUGUAGGAGCGGGUCCAUUCAUGUUAGACAAAAUGCAAUAAAAAUUAGAUAAUUACAUAAAACAUAAUCCUUAUUUGAAAUAAAUCACUCUAGACUCUGUCUCAAUACAGUCAAAAGUAGUUAUUAGAAUAAUUUAACCUUUCAAAAGUUAUGUUUUUCAUACUGUACAUAAGAUCAUAUUGUUAUCUUAGGGUUUUCAGGCAGAUGUUGACAAAUUUAUACUUGUUUGAAUCUAAAAAAGGAAUGUUUACUGUGAUUUCUGAGCCUGCAGUCUGACAUCCGUCUUUUAAAAAAAUCAGUGUAGGAAAAUAAAUCUAGUGAUUUAUCUCAUCACAAAUAAACUGUGAGUAAUGUUAACUUUAUUUUCAGAGUUAUAUAGCAGUCUGGGAUUUGAUUCCUUAUUUAAGAAAGCAAAGCAUCAAGUUUGACUCGAUGGCUCUUAUUCACCAGUAACGUCCUAAAAGAUAUAUUUUUGGGCAUUCAAUCUGAAAUUCAGUUCAUAGGGGAGUAAAAUGGAUAGAGUCAGAAACAGGGACAAGAGAGUGGGGGAGAGAAAUGUAGGAAAGCCAGAUUUGAACCUGGGCACCCACAUACAUGGGGUGCACCCUAACAUUGGGCCAUCUGUGCCCCCAUGAAUCUCUUCUUAACCUGCAGAAUUAUUCUUACCUGUGUUCUUAAAGCUACGUCCUCAUAUGCCAAAAGUUUGUGGAUAUAAUGUUUGAAAUCAAACUCAAACAGGCAAAUUGAAACAUUAUAUUUAUUUCAAGUAGUUAAUAUAAAUUUUACAUUUCAGAAAGAAAGAUUUGAUAUCACUCAGUUAGACGGUACUGUCAUCAGAAUCAAUUUAUCUGAUGCUGUUAUCAGAAUGGGACAGAUGCCAGAUGAAGUGAAACUGUUAAAUCUAGGGGCAGAAAUAACCUAAAAUAGAAAAUAGAGGCUGAUAUGUCACAUUUUUUCAGUUUUAUUUCAUGGUACAUUUAUUCUGGUGCUGUAAAAUGAUAGCUGAUUAAAUUAUUUGUCAUUUAGAUACCAGUGUGCUUAUAUAGGUAAUUUAUUUAACCUUUAUUUAAGUCUCAAAAAUCAUUGAGGUUUCCCUCAUUUACAAUGAUGUCGAGAUACAAUCAGACACAAAAAAAAACAGACAAAAAGAAGAAUAAUACUCAGUUAAAACAAUCACAUAAUGAAAUGAAAUUAUUUGAGGGCAUUUCAUUAAAUUGCCCAAGAGAAACUAAGAUGCCAAUCUUGAGAGUUUCCUGUAAAUUUUUCCACAUUUUAGGAGCAUAAAAGCUAAAAGCAGAUUUCCCAAAUUCAGAGUAAACCCUGCAGCAUUAAACAGUCAGUAGAUCGAGUGUUUUCAUGUCCAGUGGUCCAGUUCAGCAUAGGUGUUGUAUAUGAAGGUGUAUGUCCAAUCAGGGAUUCAUAAUUGAAAACAUACAAGUGUUUAUCAUGCCUCUGUGCCAGAGAAGUCCAACCAACUUUGUCAUACAGAAUACAGUGAUGAGUGUUAUAAGGACCCCUAGAUAUGAAAAAUUGCAGCAACCUUUCUUCAGCAAGGGCAACGCUUUAAAAUUAAAAAUAUCUCAAAUCUCUCCUGACAAAAUAUAUGAAAAAAACAAGCAUUCUAAAUCCUUAUGACUGUUAAGGAUUCAUUUAGUCAUAGUAUUAAUGAGAUAAAUAUCAAAAGCACUUUCUAUAAAAUCAGAAUCAUCUUUAUUUUCAUUACACAGGAUGUGCAAAGAAAUUUCGUGUGCAAGAACAAUACAGGAAUAGAAGAGGAAUAAAUAUACAAAAAUAGAAUUAGACAAAAAAAUACUGUAAAGCUAGCAAUAGUAAAAUAGUAUAACAAUAGUAUAAAGCUAGCACAAACAAACAACAACAGCAACAAGAUAAAAGAUUAUAGUGUAAUUAACAGAUAAAAUGUGACAUUAUUACUGUAAGAAGUAUUUAAAGGAUUAAAAUGCCUUUAUUUUCACAAGUGGUUGAAUAGACCUUAAAAAUACACUUUGACAGCCACUUUGAUGCGCCUCAAGUGUUAAGCCUUAAUCAGGAAGAUGUAAAAAUACACUUUGACUCAUUCUCACCCCAUGAAAGCGCUGAACUGAAGAAAAAAACACUGCUAGAUUCAUAUGCAGUGCAUACUAACUCAGCCUAAUCAUCUUUUCACCCUGGUGUUUACCUGAUUUCAGGUAAAGAGUAUCUGAGACUAUUUUAAUCAUGUGCACUAAUGUUCUGCAAAUUCAAGGUCUUUUUUUAAUGCAAAGCAUUUUGAGGGCACCUCUGACAGCACCAGAGGGAACCACAGGGUGCAUUGAGAAUGGCUAGGUUAUUAUGUUGUCAAUAAGUGUUUUACUUUUAUUUUAGAUUUUUAAAAAAUCUAACCUUAAUGCUUAGUUUACAUUUAAAAUUUGACAUUUUUGCAGUUUAGAUCAAACAUAGCAUGUUUGAAUAAAAGACAGUAUUGUAAUAAUUUGGCACUGGCACAUAAGCACACAGAUAUGCAUAAGAGUGCUCUUGAGAGUUCAUAGAUUUUGUUCAAGAACAAAUCACAGUGACGAAAACUUUGGUGAAUAUCAGAACCUUUUAAAAACCUUUAAAAGAGAGCUUUAGAAGAACUUUCUCACUAAGAACGAGGCAUUGGUGAAUUAGGUGCAUUGAGUGUAACUUGAUGCUGCAGAAAUCAGACAGACAUCUCAAGGUACUAGCUGCAGCAUUAAUGGUUAAAUUUAUUAUUAAAUCCAUAAAAAAAUAUAUAAUUGUCUUAUUACCAAAAGUGGUUUCAAGUAAGAAAUGUAUGGAUUUAAACAUGCCUCUUCAAAUUCAAGGUAAACCACUUCGAUGGCCACAGCCACCACAUAAACACACUGUACAAAUGCAAAUGUCCGCACUCCCACUGAAAUUACUGAAACAAGCCAAGUACACAGGGAAAAAGACUGACUACAUGACCUAUUUUAAAGUAGAAGUGCUUUUAUUCAAAGACUUUCUAAAAGACAGGGAAGAAUAAUGUAUUCUCCCUAGUUCAUGUCUGUCUUUAGCAAUGUACAAUGUCAUCUUUUUCUUCUGCUUUCACACAUAUCACUGCAUGGACUAAUUCCAAAAACAAAUGAAUGAAAGAUGAAAAAUGGAAACAGACUGGCUUGAUGGGAAAAGCUGAAUUACAAGAGUUUAAAGUCAAUCCCUUAGCAUGUUUUCAACCACAGUUACCUCUUCUAAUGAUUUUCUCCAAACACAAAAAUGCUGGUUAAUGUUUAAGUGCUUGUGGCAGUUCAUAUAUCCAUGAAACACGUCAGUAAGUGUAUUUUUUGCAAAGCAAUGGGGAUAAUGGUCUGUUAGGGAUCACCUUUAACAAGUGCUGGACCAUUUCUAACCUGAUUUGACCUGUAGCUUAUGAGCUGCAUGCUAAUGUUCUGAGUGCAGAAUCACAGGUGAUUUAUAAAGAGGGGUUUUUUUUCAGCCUAGCAUGAGAAACUGCAUGUCAAAGCUGUUGCAACAAGUUGAGAUCAACUUCCUAUUCUCUGUUGGCCUGGAUAUACUUAUGCAUGUCAAAGUACUGAAUGAAAAAAAUCCACUGAAAGGUACCAACAAAGAGAGUGAACAUUAUUAUAAUCUAAUUUGAACUAAUUUGAAGAUAGUCUAAACUUGUAAUGCCAGUUAUAUGGAUAACUCACUUACAUUGGGAUUUUAUGACAAACAUAAACCCUGUUAAGGUUACCUUUUUGACAAACCCUGUCUUAUUAAUGGGUGCUUGUUGCAGACAGUACAUUAAUAAUUAUGAGACUAAAACAACUAUUUACUGACCAUGAUCUGUUUUUGAUCCAGAAUACUUCUUGAAAGAGAUGAAGUGUUAUGAGAGGGAUCUAAUUUAGAAAUCCUUGUUAAUAUUUUCCAUGACUUCAGUUUACUCUUGUCCACAGCAGCAUGCUAAUGUGUACGAUGGGAGGUGAUAAAAACGGAAACUAAAAAUUCAUUCAUAAUUGAGAUUAAAAUAUGGUUUAUGGGUAGUUGUCUUUCUCUGCCCUGCUUAUUCUUAUGAAGGCCCUACAAUAACAAAUAUGCUGGUGCAUUAAGUCCAUAUUUGGAUUGAAAAUUCUGUAGUUUCUGAAAAUUGUGUUACAAAUCACUAUAAUGUCCCUGUCCUUACACCAGAUUUGAACCAUCAUCCCAAUGAUACAUUGGUUUUCCUGCUCUUUAAUGAGGAUCUGGGAAUCAUGUAAAAAAUAUACUCCAUCCAAGUUUGUGCUACUUUUUCCAUGUUUGCAUGGCAAGGGAUAUGCUGUCACAGCAGUCUUAAAGAUACAUUUUAAUGAACUAAUGACUCUCUUUAUUCAAAAUCAUUGUUCACAUUAUUUUCCCUUUAUUUUUAAUGGUACAUGCUUCACUUAGGAAAUUAACAUUCUAUAUUGGAUUAUAUUAUUGUUGUCCUUUAACAAAUGACAAUCGUAAACAGUAGUAGAUUCAUUUUGAAAUUUUCUACAUGCAGGUUGCUAUGAUGAAAUCAAAUGAAAGCACAGCUGUUUUUGGCUAGCCUGACAACGUGACCUGGUAGUUUAAUGCUUAACAUCCAAGUAGACUUGUUGUACUAACUAUUUCUACAUACCAUAGGAAAAGCGGCCAACCAGAACUCUCAGUUACUUUGAAGCAAGAGGUGGUACACAAACUGAAUGCCAAGUUGAAAUGUUGUCUCUUGAUUUAUUGUUACCCUUGUGAAACCUAAUCAUUUUCUGUAAAUUGCUUCAGGGUGCCUUCCUUGCAUUUAAAAUUCUGUCCAUUUUUCUUUACAGGGCUCAAAAACUCCUAUUUUUUAAGUCAGUCUGCUAAUUUUGGGUUCAGCAUCCAUUUCACACAAGUCAAGUAGCUUUAACCACAGACAUUAUAAGGCUUCUGUGGCUAAUGACACCCUUUCUCUACUGCUUAAACAGUAACUUAUUACACAACUGGCCUUAAAGCUUGAUAAUUUUAACAUUAUUUCUUUGGAAUUAAUUUAUUAAAGUGCACAUUAUGUUCUCUGGAUGAGAAA